GCUUCCACCCAAAGCUUGACACUUGAAACACCCCGCGGCUCGCGACCCGCUGUCCAUGGCCGGCUCAGCAAUGGAGGCGGAGGAUUGUGAGGCGAGCGAAACUUUGAUCCUCGCAACCGAGGAGCUACCCAGCUCCCCUGCCGGCCAGCUGGGCGAAGCGCUUUGGCGGCGCCGCCUCCCUCUGGCGCUUGCGCUCCUCAUUGCGCUGGUGGCGCUGACUGGGCUACUGACCCGUACAAAGCCACAGGUCUUGGGAGGCGCAGUGGUGCUGCCACCUUCGGCGGUUGCCGGGGAUGGCACGCUGCCGCUGCUGGGUCUGGCACACGUGAGUGAGGGUGCAGUGGACGUGUUGUGCGUGAUUGACAUCAGUCAGAUGGUGGCGCGAAUCAACCUGAUGGGCCUCAUUAUCCCUGUCGCGAGUGAGGAGGCGGAACAGCAUUGUGCCAACUUCAUUUUGCUGAACGUGGUGAACGAUCUGCUCUUCAUCGGCCUUGUGGCAGAUAGUCUGACCCAAUGUGCCCACUCGCUGAACUUGCCUGCCAACUGUGCCGCGAACAUCGCGUCGAUCCUGGGGACCAUGAGUCUGAUCGCGCAAUCGGUCAAUCAGAUGGACUACACUUGCGUGAAGCGGGACAACAUCGCGGAAAAGAUCGACCAGAAGAAGGCAGAGAUUACCAAGGCGAAGCAGGACAUCCAGCGAGAUGUGCAGGAGAUGAGAGUACGGGACGUACGGGAAUUGGGUGGGGUGGUUGGAAGUUGGAAUGAUAUAUCGAGUUUCGCAUUGGUGAGGGAAGCUGAAUUUGACCCUCAGAACUUGCAUCGAGUUUGUGGAUCAAAUCAUAGUUUCUGAGUUUGGACACCUUGAUUGCCAACUGAUGUUUCUUGUGUGUCUUGCCUGCUGUUCAGUGGUGUGGGCAUCCCCCAUUUGGAGACAUCCUUUUGGCCACCAAACUUUUCAUCUUGGGAUGGGUAAAUCCAUGCCUCAAGAGCUCAGUUUGUGGCCAGAACAUUGAAGAGGUACCAUUUUAAUUUUCCCAUCAAGUCUGCUUUCCCAUCGAAAGACAGCACUGCGGUUGCAGAAAUUCCUCACCGAGCACG